AUGUAUAUUCAGUUUUCAGCUGAACGGAUGCUGGUGGAGGCCUGGGGCUGGGGCUAUUUGCCAUGCUUAUUGGCUGUGUUGGUGUUAUGUAGCGUGACCCUGACUUGGGACGCCCCUCUUUUUGCCCCAUAUCGUGAACAUUAUGUGUCCAAGGCGCAUUAUCAUGGAGUUGAUGUCUUCACAGAGGCCCUCCAUUCGCCUGUGGGGCCUGAACAGUUCAUGGAGCAUUUUUAUGUGUGCUACGGAAGAGACGGACGGAAAACGUACUUUAAAAAACAGGACCAAAAUUAUUUCUCUAACCGAAGGUACUGGGUGAUUAGUUCUUCCGGUAAAUUUGUGGCUUCUAUGCGAACCUGUUGAUGUAGAGGACACAUACUGUAUGAUAGGAGUUACAUAACCUUCAAGAAAUCUCUUCGUAGACGUAUGAACAAAUGCUUAAGAUAACACCUAUCACAAAUACUAAAAAAAAAUACUCGUUCGCAUCCAGAUCACCUUGCGAGUGAUGAAUUAGUUGUCAUUACAGGUUCGGUAGGUUAGCGUCAAACUCAUUCAUGGGGCUAAUAUUUACCACAACAUUUUGUUGCACUUAACUGUAACGUGCAAAUAUAGCUUAAAAGCAAGGACCAAAAACACCACCUACAGAACGUUGUCACUCAAAUAGUGAGCAGCUACGCAAAUUUAUUAGAACACUUUAUUUAGGACAACAAAAUGGCUGCUGUGACGUCGCAUGAACACAAACGCCAACAGCUUAAAGAUGGACAUUAA